CACACAUAAAAUCUUCCCACUCUCUCCACUUCGAUCCCCCACUUCAAUCUCCUUUACUGUUAUAUUUGAUUGAUUUCCAGAAGAACCCUAAAAGCAUUCUUAAGGGUUUUGCUGGUUGGAUAAAACCCAGAAUUGGGAAGAAAGCAGUGAGUCAAAGGUACGGUAUAUGUACGUAUAGUACACAAGUCGUGUGUUUUUGUGUGAAGUAAAUCGGAAUCAAUUGGUUUCUGGGGUUUGUGUUGCUAUGCAAUUUGACUCGUCUUUUGGGUAUGAACAGUAGCAUGCGGUUUUCAGACUCUGGCCUUUUCAGUGAAAGGCUAAUAGUCCAUGCCAAGUGCAAUUCAUGCUUGUCCAAUUUAUAGAGGGCGUGUAGCUGCGUAGAGAACUUCUUACUUGUCAACCUACACCAGUAUGGAUCAGCAAGGGCAUGGGCAUCCCACAACAAUAGGAGUGGCUGCUAGUGCGGCCCAAGCAUCAUAUGGUGUGAACCCAUAUCAGUCUGGCCAAAUGAUGGGGCUCUCUCCCACUGGAUCAGUUGGAUUGAUGCAAUCUCCUACUCAGCCGGCAGGUCCUCCAGCCUCUUCUCAGCUUGCACAACACCAACUAGCUUAUCAGCACAUCCACCAGCAACAACAGCAGCAACUACAGCAACAACUCCAAAGUUUUUGGGCAGAACAGUAUCAAGAAAUUGAGGCGGUUAUGGAUUUCAAGAACCAUAGUUUGCCAUUGGCCAGGAUUAAAAAGAUUAUGAAGGCUGAUGAGGAUGUGAGGAUGAUCUCAGCUGAAGCUCCAGUCAUAUUUGCCAGGGCCUGUGAGAUGUUCAUUCUAGAGUUGACACUGCGGUCAUGGAAUCACACAGAGGAGAACAAAAGAAGAACACUGCAAAAGAAUGACAUUGCUGCAGCAAUUACGCGGACUGAUAUAUUUGAUUUUCUGGUUGAUAUCGUCCCAAGAGAGGAUUUGAAAGAUGAGGUACUUGCGUCAAUCCCAAGAGGUGGGAAUCUUCCAGUUGGAAGUUCAACUGAUGGUGUGCCUUACUAUUACAUGCCUGCUCAGCAUGCUCCACAGGUUGGUGCUCCGGGGAUGAUAGUGGGAAAGCCUGUUAUGGAUCAAGCUCUUUAUGGCCAACAGACACAUCCCUACAUUGCUCAGCCAACAUGGCCACAGCAACAGCAGCCGCACAAAGAUUCUUGAGUGAAAGUGUUGAUGGAGUAAAAAAUCAUUGUUUGUAAUUGAAGGCUUACAAUUUGAAGUGUUUAUCUUGGAUACGGUUGUUACACUUUGCUUGUCAUUACAGUUACAAAGUACUUGUUAUUACUACAUGAAAAGAUUCUGUGAAACGUAUGGCUUAUUGUACUGUAGAAAAUUUAAAUUUGUGAUUGUAAUUGAAGGCUUGCAAUUAGAAGUGCUUGUCUUGGAUACAAUACAAGUUAAACACUCUGCUUUAUAUCCAUUUGUCACAAUUACCAAGUGCUUGUUCUUGCUAUUUGAAAGGAUUCUGAAAA